AUGGCAGUCGCACGGCCCGUGAGGCUCUUGGGAGCGGUGUCCGUCGUCCUGGUCUUUUUCCUGAUCUACCAGUAUCUACGCCCCGUUCCGAGCAUAUCGCUGCCGGGCACCGUGGCCGGGAAUGGCGACAAGAUCGAUAACAUGGAGCGCGAUCCGCUGUUAGACCCCGUGGGCGAACCUCCCGAGCCAUUAUGGCGACACACCGAACACGACUACUCCCCCGACAGCCCCAACUCGGCACGAAUCAAUGCCACGCUUCUCUCGCUCGUGCGUAACGAAGAACUCCACGAACUCCUCCCGACCAUGAAACAACUGGAAGAAACAUGGAACCACAAAUACAACUAUCCAUGGACCUUCUUCAACGAUGUCCCCUUCACCGACGAGUUCAAACGGGCCACGCAGGAAGCCACCAAGGCCAAAUGCACGUACAACCUGAUCCCCAAGGAACAGUGGGAGAUGCCCUCGUGGGUCAGCAAGGAACUGUACGACGAAUCGUCCAAGAUUCUCAAGGAGAACAAAGUCCAGUAUGCCGGCAAGGUGUCGUACCAUCAGAUGUGCCGGUGGAACAGUGGCAUGUUCUACCGCCACGAGGCGCUCCAAGACAUGCGAUACUACUGGCGGGUAGAACCCAAGGUCAAGUUCUUCUGUGACGUCGACUAUGAUGUGUUUCGGUACAUGCAGGAUCACAACAAGACGUACGGCUUCAACAUCAACCUCUUCGACUCCCCCGAGUCGAUCCCGUCGUUGUGGCCGGAGACCAUCAAGUUUUUGGCGUCGCAUCCGGAGUACAUCAACAAGAAUAAUGCCAUGGCCUGGUUGACCGACAACCAGCGACGUCCUGACAACAACGUCAAGGCGCAUGGCUACAGCACGUGUCAUUUCUGGUCGAAUUUCGAAAUCGCCGAUUUGUCGUUCUGGCGCAGUAAGGCGUACGAGGACUACUUUACCCAUUUGGACCGAUCAGGCGGCUUCUUUUAUGAGCGAUGGGGCGACGCUCCCGUCCACAGCAUUGCGCUGGGCUUGUUUGAAGACGCGAGCAAGAUCCACUGGUUCAAAGACAUCGGAUACAACCACAUCCCGUUCUACAAUUGCCCCAACUCGCCCAAAUGCCGUGGCUGUACCCCGGGGCAAUUCUACGGAGGCGAGUCAUGGCUGCAACGAGAAGAUUGUCGGCCGCUGUGGUUCAAGUACGUGGGCACCGGCUGA